AUGAGGUGGCAUUCCGUAUCAAAAGAAGUUAAUAAGGCAGUAAGAGAGAGCAUUAGGAGGCUUUUUUCACAACCUUGGCACAGUUGGUCGGAGAUUCCAGAAGACCAUGGACAAGCCAUGUUUGAAGAGUUCAAGAGGAAUGCUAGUGCAAAGCUACGCAAUUGGCUUGAAUGUGUUAGACGUACAGGCAAUGUUACACAAUGGCUUCUCAAAUUCGUAUAUGAUGAUUUGUGUAUUUAUUGGGAAUCUCCUGAAUAUAAGGCAAUCUAUGAGCAAAAUAAGAAAGCUAGAUCCAGUUUAAAAGGUGGCUCGUUGCACACCGGAGGUGCAAAAAGUGUCGGGGUCAUAGUUCGAGAAAUGGAGAAGGACUUGGGUCGCGAACCGACUCGACUUGAGGUCUUCAGACAAACACAUUUGCUGAAAAAAAUGAAUGAGUCAGACCCGGAUGUGUGGGUUGAGCCCAGGGCUGAAAAUUCCAAUGUAAGACUUAUAUUUAUAAUUUAAUCUGUUAUUCCUUUA